GAUUGAUGACAUGUUGGACAAUCUUGGUAAUGCUCAAUGGUUCACGUCUUUAGACUUGUCUUCUGGAUAUUGGCAAGUAGAAGUCAAAGAAGAGGACAAGAAAAAGACUACAUUCAUUACUAAAUAUGGUCUUUAUAAAUUUAAUGUUAUGCCUUUUGGAUUGUACAAUGCACCGUCUACAUUUCAAAGGCUUAUGGAUAUAGUGUUAAG